GAAAUCGCCGCGCCGCCGACUCCGGCUGACAUCGUGAAGUUCAACAUGCAUUUCCGCAACCUGACCAACAAGCUGCACCAGCCUGCAGACGGCCUAUACGCCUCGGGUGCCUACAAGCUCUCUGUGGACGACUUCGGCAAGGCCACCCUGGUAGACAACGGCUACGUAGACGACUACAGACCUCCUUUCUCACUCGACUCCUUCUACAAGUGCUACCUGAACAGCCAGGCCCGGAAGCAGGAGUUGUUGAAGGUCAAGGUUGACAGCGAGUACAACAGAGAAGACGCCUCGACCUUGACCGCGUCAAACAACUGCACCCGCUCGAGGCAAGAGCUCAAACAACUCGACGGUGAACUUCCUUGGAAUGAACUCGUGAACCUUCCCCGCGCCUCCUACGAGAAGUACCUG